GAAGAAUCAGAAGCAGAAAAAGACUUUACCAAAUAAAUCUACCACGCCGAAAAAAACACCUCGAAAGAUUGGUCCUGUAGUUCGUCAUUUGAAACCACAUUCAUUUAAUAAAUCUGGUCUUUCAUCACAUAUGCUGCUUCAUCAUCAGAAGCAAGAGUCAAUGUUACAACAAGUAGUAGUUGAAGAAGAAGUUACAGAUUGUCCAAUGUUGACUUUACUGGAACAUGAAGCUCGAGUUCGACAAAAACAUUCUAGUCCUUCCAAAUCAAUGUCUAAAUUGAUUUUUGAAAUUACCAGUGAUGAUGGUUUCUCCUGUCAAGCAGACUCAAUGGAAGAAGCGUGGAAGGAAGUGAUAGAAAAAGUUCAAGAUGCUAGAGCAGCUGUUAGAUUAAAACCUAUGGCUUGUGCAAGUGUGAAUGGUUUAUCCAUGUUUGGUAUUAGUCAUAAAGCAGUAGUCUAUCAUGUAGAACAACUAUAUGGAGCUAAACAUUGUCGAAAUUAUCAUUUUCAAUACCAUAGUCAUACACUUACAGAAGAAGAUGAGGAACCUGUUAUUAAUCCUAGUGGUUGUAUUAGAACAGAACCCUAUACAUCCCGUAAACCUAGUGACAUGUUUAGUUUUCUUAUGUCUAAACAUCGCCAACGUCCUCAAGUUGAUGAUAAACCUGUUGAAGUCUGUAACGAAAUGAUUCAUAAAUCAUCUAGGAGAGCAACAAGUAUGGAUUUACCAAUGGCAAUGAGAUUCCGUAAAUUAAGAGAACAUGCCAAGGAGGCUGUUGGAGUAUACAGAUCAUUUAUCCAUGGUAGAGGUUUAUAUUGUAAACGUAAUAUAGAUGCUGGUGAGAUGGUGAUAGAAUAUGCAGGGGAGGUAAUUCGUGCUACAUUAACAGAUAAACGUGAAAAGUAUUAUGAUAGUAAGGGUAUAGGAUGUUAUAUGUUUAGAAUUGAUGAUUUUGAUGUUGUUGACGCCACUAUGCAUGGCAGUGCUGCAAGAUUUAUCAACCAUUCCUGUGAGCCAAAUUGUUAUUCUAAAGUAAUAACAGUAGAUAACAGAAAACAUAUUGUUAUAUUUGCCUCAAGGCAAAUUAAGAAAGGAGAAGAAUUAACGUAUGAUUAUAAAUUUCCUAUAGAAGAUGUUAAAAUAACUUGUUCCUGUUCUUCUAAACGUUGUCGUAGAUAUCUUAAUUAA